CUUAAUACAAGUUAUCGUUCACGCUCUAUCUACUAUGCUUAUUCUAAUUGCAGGCAUUACUGGCUUUGUUGGCCUUCCAUGUGCCGAAGCAGCCUUGGAACGAGGCCACACCGUUCGGGGUCUGAGUCGCAGCCCUGAGAAGGUCCCUGAAGAUCUUCGUCGGCGAUUGGAGGGAUUUGAGGCGAUUGAGGACAUGUACGAUAUUGCGGCGUUGGAUCGCGCUGUGGCAGGCGUUGACGCUAUCAUCUGCGCAUAUUCUUGCAUCCCCGAAUCUAUAUUGGAAGGACAAUUGUUGCUUCUUAGGGCUGCUGAGCGUGCUGGAGUUAAGAACUUUCACGCCUCCACCUGGAACUAUGACUGGACCCUUGGGUACCUGGGACAACAUGAGAUAUACGACGCAUUCAUCAGUUUCUGCGCACAUGUCCGGCUGAGCUCAACCAUUAAGCCUCUAUAUAUGUUUACCGGAGCGAUCGUGGAAUGGAUCUUUUGUCGCAGUGCUCAAGACUGGGACAGUACGACGAAGACGUUAUUCUAUUGUGGAGAUUCCAAUGCUACUAUUCGUUACACGACGGCUAGGGAUCUUGCAGCUUAUACUGUUGAAGCCGUUACAUCCCCUGAAGCUUCAAAGGGAGGUUUUGUUCGCGUACAGAGCUUCGAAGCUUCGCCAACAGAUGUUGUGGAAGCAUACAAUGCUGCACGGGCCGGGCAAGCUGUAGCACAUGCGAAAUGUCUGGGGACUUUAGAAGAUGCAGCAACGCGUUUAGCAGAAGGAAGAGCAAAUACAGAUCCGACCGAGUUCAUGAAAUUUACGUGGGAUGGAUACGCGGCCUUGAUAGGACGCGGUGUUUGGGACUAUGAGCCGCAGGAUUGUGCUCGCUUUCCUAAUGUAAAGCAAACAAGUCUCAAAGAAUGGUUUCAAGGACACGCAGAUGUUUAG